CAUGAUAAGCUCUUAUCAGUUAAUGACAGGUGCAGUGUUUAUUUGGUGGCUCAACUAUUUUUUAGUUUUUAGAAAAACCCUUUUCCCCGGCUUUAGAGCCGUUAUUAAAUAAAGAAUGGCAUCUUAUUUUGGAGAUUCCGACAGCGAGGAUGAGCUGCCUCCAGGCUGGGAAGAAAGGGCAACUGCGGACGGUUCUGUCUAUUAUGUCAACCAUACGACCAAGGGGACGCAAUGGAACCAUCCUAGGACUGGGAAAAAGAAAAACGUAUCUGGAGAACUUCCAUUUGGUUGGGAGAGAAUUAUCGAUGAGAAUGGAAAAGUGAUGUUUGCAGACCAUGCGAACAAGACAGUGACGUACACGGAUCCAAGGCUCGCGUUUGCUAUCGAAGAGAAGGAAUACCCAUCUGAUUUCAGGCAGAGGUUUGAUGCGUCCAGCACAGCUCUACAGGUCCUGCAUGGGAAGGAUCUAAGCGGAAAGACAGCAGUCAUUACUGGAAGCAACACGGGCAUCGGAUUUGAGACCGCUAGGAGUCUGGCGUUGCAUGGAUGCCAUAUCAUAAUGGCGUGCAGAGAUGAAGCCAAGGCUCAAACAGCCAUUGAUAAAAUAAAAGCUGAGAGACAUGAUGCAAAUCUCACUUUCAUGAAACUCUGUCUCGAUCAGCUACAAUCAGUUAAAAACUUUGCUGAAGAAUAUAGAAAAACAUAUGGGAAAUUGGACAUACUCAUUUUAAAUGCAGGCAUUUUUGGAAUUCCAUACAGUCAGACAGAAAAUGGUUACGAGACUGUGUUCCAAGUUAACCAUUUAUCUCAUGCAUUCCUAACACUUCUCUUGGAGGAUUCUCUGACCAGGGGCGUGCCUUCGCGCGUAGUCUUUGUUUCAUCUGAAUCCCACAGAUAUUCAAGUCUAACCGCAGAGACUAUCAGCGAAGGAGCAUUGUCACCGAGCAGGGAUAAUUACUGGAGUAUGAUGGCAUACAACCACUCCAAGCUCCUGAAUGUUGUGUUCGCUGGUAAAUUAUCAGAAAAAUGGGCACAUAAAGGCAUAGCUGUGUUUUCACUCCACCCUGGUAAUAUGGUAUCGUCAGAACUAUCAAGGUACUGGUGGCCAUAUCGUUUCCUCUUCUCAAUUGUCAGGCCGUUUACAAAAUCUUUGCAACAAGCAUCUAGCACUACAGUUUAUUGUGCAACGAGUUUAGAUUUGAAUUCAGUGACUGGACUCUAUUUCAACAACUGUUUUAGGACUGAACCAAGUAAAACAGCAAUUGACCAAAAAUUUGGUAAUAAAGUUUGGGAACUGACGAAAGAAAUGAUUUUAAAAGCUGGUUUUAAAAUUGAUAUGUAAUCUAGUUUUAUUUUUUUAAUUACAUAUGUGAAAUGCAAAGUGUUCUUAAGAUAAAUCCAUUUUUAUGUUAAUGUGUUUGUAUAAUAAAUUUAUAAUACAUUUAAU